GGCUUGGUGGAUUGCUCCCCAAGACAAGCCCACCAAAGCCGCGACCAGGAAUAAACCGAAGCCGAGUCGAGCGGCCCAAACCCAGAUCAGAUUCCGAUUCCCCAAUUCCGAUUCGGCCCCAUGGGUUGGCGUUGGCACGACGACGACGGCGACAGCGGCCGGGGCCUCGCCGGCGGCGGGGACGAGGGGGCGCAGUGCGCCACGCGCCGGGUGGUGCAGUCCCGCUGCCACACGGAGGAGGUCGAGCCCGGCCGGUUCGUCCGCAAGUGCGAGAAGACGGAGCAGCUCCUCCGCGACUGCGUCGGCAGGCCCUCUGAACUGGUGGAAUCCAAAACUGAGAACACUGAAGAAGAUGUCACAGAAGAAAUGAAGAAUGGUUCGCUUUCUCUUGGCUUUCCAACAGACGAGCCCUUUGCAUUCCCAGGACUUCGCAGUGACAUCGAAGCCCUCGAGAAAGGCUUGUUUGGGAGCCUUGACAGUGUCCUAAAUGAAGCCGAGCGAAUGACCAACGAUUUCUUCAAAUCUUUUGGUUUUCCCUCUACCCAUGACAGGCAACCAAGCCCAUUUCAAAGACAACCUGCAGAGAGGCAUAUUGAGGAAGGUACUACAAAGAAGGCGAAGGAGGGUGACUACUCAGAAUUCAGCAGCCAGAUUUCAGAUGUGUAAGCAGCUGCAGUUAGCUGGCAUGUGUCUUCAGAGCUGAAACCGUGAAGUGAGAGCUGUGCCUGACAAACUUAGCUUCCCUAUAUGUCUCUUUGUAACAAAUUGCGUACUUGCGAGUUGCAGGUGCAGUUUAGACUCUCUUAGUAUGGUAAGGUAUAUGAUGAAGCAAUUUACCUGACUCUGUCGGGACUAUUUCUUCCGGUAUGGUUCGGUUUGCAAGGCCAUUUUGUAUAGCACUGUUUGCAGACCCUGCAAUUGAACAAGUUUGCAUUCUCAUGCACAGGCUGUGUUUUGAGCUGAAAGUUUA